CUUUAAGUUUUUUUUUUUACACAAAACUUUAUAAGUUUUUUCAGUAGCUUGAAUCUUGUAUUCUAAUUUCCUCUUCCCUUCCCUCGUUAUUGAUUGGCCCCGAUUAUGUAUGUGGCUCUUUAUCUCAACUUUCAGACCUCCUUGAAACUUAAAAUUGAAACCGAAAUGGUAGAUUACAUGAACCUUGAUUAGAAACGGUUAUAACGUCGUCUUCAUACCUCUAACUCCAAACUAUAAUCCACAGCUCCAUACAACUCUGUAUCUCACCGGAUCUGAAAAUCAUUUUGAAUCGGUUCUGACACAUUAUUCACCGGAGAAGAAAUGCGUAGCCGGGGAUCGCAAAACCGGCUAUCUGGUUACUCUUUUGGAUCUCGUGUUUCUGCUCUCUUCUUUACCAUGAUUGCUACCAUGGCCACUAUAUAUGUUGCCGGCCGGCUAUGGCAGGAUGCGGAGAGUAGGGUGUAUUUAAUGGAACAGCUUGAGAAAAGAACCGGUCAGGGUCAUUCUGCCGUAUCUGUUCAUGAUACAUUGAAAAUCAUAGCGUGCAGGGAACAACAAAAGAAGUUGUCUUCCCUAGAGAUGGAAUUAGCUGCAGCUAGAAAGGAAGGUUUUGUUUCAAAGCAAUCGUCAGCAAACAGUAAGAAGCAACCUACAAAAAAGAUACUUUCGGUUAUUGGAGUAAUGACAACCUUUGGUCGAAAAAAGAACAGAGAUGCAAUCCGCAAGGCAUGGAUGCCGACAGGCGCAUCUAUAAAAAACCUUGCAGAUCAGAAAGGCAUCAUUGUGAGAUUUGUAAUAGGAAGAAGUGCAAACCGUGGAGACAGUUUGGACAAAGAGAUUGAAAGAGAAAAUAGUCAGACCAAUGACUUCAUCAUUCUUGACGAUCAAGUGGAGGCAGUUGAAGAGAAUGCAAAAAAGACAAAGUCGUUCUUCAUUUAUGCUGUGGACAAUUGGAAUGCUGAAUUUUAUGCUAAGGUCAAUGAUGAUGUGUAUGUCAAUCUUGAUGCCUUUGGAGGAGUGCUAACUUCUCAUUUGGAUAAACCCCGUGUAUAUAUUGGUUGUAUGAAAUCGGGGGAAGUUUUCUCAGAACCGACACAUAAAUGGUACGAGCCAGACUGGUGGAAAUUUGGCGAUGGAAAAUCGUACUUUCAACAUGCUUCAGGCGAGGUCUAUGUCAUUUCAAAAGCAUUGGCUCAGUUUAUUUCAAUAAACAGAUUUAUUCUCCGUACAUAUGCACAUGAUGAUGUAAGCACCGGAUCAUGGUUUAUCGGGCUGGACGUGAUGCACCUUGAUGAAAAUAAGUUUUGCUGCUCAUCCUGGUCCACAGGGUCAAUUUGUGCAGCAGUAUGACGACUUGUCACUGACAAUUUGAGUGAUAUACAAAGAAUAUAUAGGAAACAGAAACCUGUUACUUCAACCAUGAAGCUUUUUGCUUCAGGUGAUUUUCCUCUCUCAUAUGAUUGUGCAACAGGACAGGACGUUGAUUCUUUGAGUCGAAGGCCGGGAACGGUUGGUUAUGAGCUCUGCCUUUGUGACAAUAGAUAGUUAUAUACUCACAUACUUUUUGGGAUUGUUCAAAGGUAUUAAAAAAUUGACAUUUAUUGUUGUCUGAUUUUGAGAAAUUGAUCCUUCCCCGUUGAAUUAUGUAAUAUAAAUUGCCCUUGCCCAUUAAACAACAUAUUUUCCCCAAGGGACUGUCAGAAUAAUUGUUAUAGGAACUUCAAAAAAGUGUUAUGGCUACAGUUGAGAUUUCCUUUGAA